AUGACGACGACGGAGGAGGGGUUCGACGCGAGGGCGUAUCUCGUCGCGGCGCACGGCGAGCGAACGCGCGAAGAGCUGGCGAGAGGGGCGACGAGGCUGGAGGCGGAGAUCGACGCGGUGCGGGCGUCGACGCGAAUGUCGGCGGCGGAGGAGUUGCCGACGGUGCUGGCGUGCUUGGACGCGAUGGAGGACGCGAGAGGGGUGCUGCGAAGAGGGCGAGAGGAGGCGGGCGAAUUCGGCGCGACGGCGGAGUUGGAGGCGCGACUGUCGCGAGCGUGGAAGAGCGCGAGGGAGAGCUUGAGGGAGGUCUUUGCGAUCGAGGAGAGACGGGAGAAGAUUGCGCGCGCGCUCGAGGCGAUGGAGCGGCACGAGGACGUGUUCGGGAUUCCGGGAGCGGUGCGAGAAGCGCUGUCGCGAGGAGAGUACGCGCGCGCGGCGGAGACGUAUCGUCGCGCGCGCGCGGCUUUCAGCGGCAAACGCUCGCGCGUCUUAGAUGCGGUCUUGGAUGAAGUCGAAGAAAACGUGAAAUCCGCGGAGGAGCGCAUGUACGAACGCUUGUACGUGGGAGACCUCGACGACGCUCACGCGGAAAGAAUCGUCACGGCGCUGCAGACGUUGAAACUUUGCAGGCCCGCGUUGACGUCGAGUCAGGGUGAAGUCACGGCUGCCGGUAAUGCCGUGCAUAUUUAUUUAGAUAGAUUAGUGGAGUACGCGUGCGAGGAACUGACGAACACGGCCUCGAGCGAUGACUUUGACGUCGAGACGCUCAGUCGAGGAUAUCGCGCGCUUUUCGUUCGCGUCUGGCGCUUCGUGACUCUCAUGGACACGUGUGCGUCGUCAUACGCGCGUGAUGCGUCGACUAAGAUCCAAUCGGUAUACGUUGGUUUCAUGAAAUCCAGGUUUGACAACAGUCUCAACAAGCGGACAAUUGAAACUGACGCCGAGCAAGCGAAUCGUCGCUUUGACGUCUUAAUUGACAAGUGCGCGAAAAUGUCUUGCAUCGGCUUUUCGUUAUCGUAUUCAUACGAUAUUCUUGGCACGCGAUUAAGCUUACAACCGGACUUGCUCGAGGCACUGCAGCAACAAUACACGCGUUUUAGCGUCAGUUUGCGCGUGCACUUGGAACAAGCGCUCAAGUUGGCGGCGCAACCGCUCGCGCAAGACCAACGCCUCGAGACGACCACACAGUCGUUCUUCCGUGAUGCACGCGUCGUAUUUCAAAUCACCGCGGAAUACUGGCUCGAUGAGCGGUUCACGCCUUGGAUGAUCAACGCCGGUUCACGAGACGUGGGAAGUUUGAUUGACACCUUUUACGACGCUGCUCGCUCGCUCGUGGCGCUGGCACGCGAACUUCGGCGUGGUCCGUUGGCGUCGUUGGCCGCUCUGAAACAGAUCGAAAAUUGGUGCGCGGUAUUUUUCGAUGAGUUCAAUUUUACUGGGACCGGAAUAGGUAACGAGGCGAAUCGCGUGGCGUUCAGAGACGACAUCUCACGAACCACGCAAAUGUUUCUGGACGAAUUUGUCGGUGGCGAAAUGAGCGCAAUUAUCGUCGCAGUGCGCCGUUGGUUCGCAGCACCGGUGGAGAAAACGUUAGAAUCACGCCCGGAAUGCGUCGAUGUCUUGCAUCGGGUGCGUUCAACGUACGAGUCUGCGACGUCCACGGUGCCCGAACUCGCCACGGCCAUCUCGCAAGACAUCGCGGCGCGACUCGUCGACGCGUUACGCUCCGAGUUCACCUCGAAUCUCAGUCAGCUUAGACCGACGGCGAGUACACUUCGCGUAGAGUUCGAGCUUUUGAAGCUCGCGCUGGACGCGCGCUCGACGAAACAGGCGCGAGACGGCGCGUCUCGUCUCGUCGAUUUGGCGGCGCGCGUCGCCCCCGACGACGACGCCAUCGCGCGCGCGCGGGCAAUCGCCAACGACGCUCAAAAACACAAACACCUCCUUGUCGCGCUCGGGAGAUUAGCCUAG